CUUAUUGAUAUCAUUGAUGAUGAAGAAAUUGUUGACACCAAAAUACUAGAGGAGUACCUUGAAAUUACCAUUUACCCAAUGUGUAUAAACAAGUACCAAACAAAGUUGCAAGGAAAUGGUGCCCGCACCGAAGAUGGAGGACCUUACAUUGUCUCAUUAAUAGUGGAGCCCAUUCAUUGUAAUGACUUGCCAAGGGGCAAGGUACGUUAGACAUUGCCUAUGAAUGAUUGAUAACCUUUGAAGAAGUUUCUUGCUGCAAUCAAAACUGCAUGUUGCAGCAGAAUUUAGUAUUAUGGGUCAGCUUAAUUGCAAAGUAUUGCUGUUUCUCACGUGGAAUUCACAUUGAAUGGGUUCAAUUGCAAUAGAUAGGAUGGUGCAUUUCUAUUUCAAGGUGUAUUACCUGUCUGUUUUUUGCUUGGCUUUACUAUUAAAAAUGGUUGUUGUUGUGUUCUUUCUUGUGAAAAACCACAAGUUCCACACAGAUGGCUAAAGUGAAUAAACACUACAGCAGUGACCACACAUACAUUUAUUAUACAUUAUUAUUAUAAAUUAUUAAAAUUAGAAUCGAUAGUUUUGAAUAAUGAUAAAUAAUCCUACUCUCUCAGUCGCAGAAGGGCAUUAGGUAAAUAUUUAAACCCACCACCCACCCAGCCCCUGUUCCUCGACUAGUAACAAUAUAUAUAUAUUUUUUGUUUCAGCUUUUGACCUGCAUCAACCCUUGCAUUACCUUCAAAAUGAAGACGCCUGAUCAAGGGGAAAUAAAAUGCAAUGGAAUUGCUAUGGCACUGGGUCCUUUUCUUGCAAUGCUCUUCAAUCAUGGUUUGGACACUCUGGCACCCCAAGACCGCAUCAAGCAAGAGAUAAAGAACCAUGGGCUUGGAUGGGAUUGGAUCUAUCAUUUCCAGAGCCAAAGAAGCCAAAGAUAG